AGCAACACUGCCGUAAGGAUAUCACUGAUUGGUUUAAUUUGUAGAUCUCAAAUAGCUUUAAUGCCAUUUUCUUUAAAUCCUUCAGAAUUUCUGCAUCAGGUUGUUGAAGAAACUCUAAGCUGCUUCUGUUUUUUUUUUGUUCUCAUAUUUUUUAUUUUGACUGCUUAUUUUCAGCUACGGCAAUACUUACAUUCCAAUCGGGCCUCACUGUCAUUGACGUCACUCUUCCUUUACUCACUUCAAGUUGCACGUGCACUUUCUUAUUUGCACGAAAGAUCGUUGGUACAUAGGGAUAUCGCAGCAAGAAAUGUAUUGGUAUCCACCCCGAAAUGUGUGAAGCUGACCGAUUUUGGUUUGAGUCGGGCUCUUGAUUAUGAUGCUGUCUAUACAGCCUCUCGUGGUAAGCUUCCAAUAAAGUGGCUGGCACCUGAAUCGAUAAACUACAGAGAGUUCAGCAUGGCAUCUGAUAUAUGGAUGUACGGUGUUUGUGUAUGGGAAAUUUUGUCAUGGGGUGCAAAACCAUGGCAAGGCGUAGCAAAUGCGGAUGUGAUCACCCGAGUAGAAGCAGGUGGACGUCUUCCUUGUCCAGACGGAUGUCCAGCUGUUGUGUUCAACUACCUCGAAUUGAUGGUCUGGGCUUUACAACCCCAAAAGCGGCCGACUGCAAAGGAAAUUGUGGUGGUUAUGGAGUCCUUGCAUGAUCAGUUGAAGAAACAUGUACCACCUGAAGAGUUGCAUUUGAAUCGGCCGCCACAGACCGUUCCCGUCCUUUUGACUAAUAUAUCGACUUUACCUAAUUUAACGUUAUGGAGGACUUUGGAAGAACAGAAACGACAGGGAGAGGAAGAUGAUAAAUGGCUGGAGGAACAAGAAGAUUUGAACGUUUCACCGUCUCUGACUUCGAUCUCUCGAGCAGUUUCAUCGAUAAAUGAAUCAGUAGAUCGAUUGGCUAAUGCUUUCAAUACCAAUAUGAAACAUGAUGAUUUCGUUUCCAGCAUUAGAGUGAGUCGGGGUUCUGAUUAUUUAGCGAGCAGCUUAGUUUAG